AUGCAGAAAAACCGAACGCCCAAAGAGCUCGAGAGCUUGAGACGAGAAUGCGAGAUCCAGAAGGACAUGCGUCAUCCAAACAUCAUACAAAUGCUCGAUUCUUUCGAGACGGACAACGAGAUAAUCGUAGUGACGGAGUACGUGGAAAAGGUGCUCCACGACAUACUGGCCAAAGCCGGCCAACUGUCGGAGGUCCGGGCCCAGGUGGUGGCCUGCGACCUCGUCUCGGCCCUGCACUACCUACACUCCAAGCGCAUACUGCACAGGGACAUGAAGCCGCAGAACGUACUGCUGGAUCCAAACGGUGUGGCCAAGCUCUGCGACUUUGGCUUCGCGAGGUGCAUGAACGACACGUGGGUCCUCAUGUCCGUCAAAGGAACGCCGCUGUACAUGGCCCCCGAGCUCAUCGAGGAGAUCCCCUACGACCACAACGUGGACUUGUGGAGCCUUGGUUGCAUUUGCUUCGAGCUGAUAACGGGGAAGCCCCCGUUCCAGACGACCUCCAUGCGCAAGCUCAUCGAGCUCAUCAGGAACGAGGACAUCAAGUGGCCCGAGAACAUCAGUGCCAACCUCACGAGUUUCCUUCAGGGUCUGCUGCAAAAAGAUCCAAGCCAGCGGCUCACUUGGCCCCAACUGCUGGAUCACCCGUUCGUCAAAGGCCGGAUUCUGACGAUCGACGAGGACGCCCCGCGCGCCCUUACCUCGCCACUUUCCGCUAGUCAGGCCCGCGCCAAGCAACAACAACUCCAGAGUCUGGCCUCUCGCUUCACCAGCCAAUCAAAAAAGCUGCUGGAAAAGCAGAUAAAGAAGAUCCACUCGCAAGUGAUGCGGAAGAGCGAGGCCAGCGGGUCCGAGUCGAGCGCCAGCGUGGACGUGCUCCUCAACAACCUGAGUCUCCGGGCCUCGCUGAGGAGUGACCUGCUCGCGGCCGACUACGCCAUCUGCGAGACCGACUGUCCCAUCGCCGAUGAGGACUUCAACGCCGACCAACAGCACCAGAUCUACAAGGCCGCCGAGGCACCACCUGCCGACAACCCUCUACUCGUACCUCCGCCGGCCUGUUGUCUGGCGGCACUGCAAGCGGCGAACCCGAGCCUGGCAGCCGAGUGGCUACUGGAUCACGCGAACGCGGCGGCGGCCACAGCUGGGGCAGCCGCUUGCUGCCUGGCGGGCAAAAAUACCUGCAGGUCCGAGUCCUGCUGCUGCCUGUCGGCCGCCAACACCUCGACCUCGCCCAGUUGUCUCAAGAACUUGCUCGAAGAGGAAGACGACGAGGUCCUCCUGGAUGAUGUCGGCGAGUCCAAGCAAACCACCAACGCGUCGUCCAUCAGACUGAGCAGCGAGAGACACGUGGAUCUCGACACGAACAUGGCCGAAAGACAAGCGAGGUUGAAAAACUGGACGGCCACGGAUCUGGAGCAGCCGAUCGAGAACGAGGAGUGGAUGGUCUUCCUGCAACGAUCCAUGGAAGAGAUGAUGGACGGCGAGAUAGACACCCUGCUGCAGGACAAUUGCGUCUCGGUGUUCGUGUCGACCUUGAAGAAUCCCGGGGCGAGUUGUCGGGUCCACGAGUACGUGGCGUGCUUGCUCUCCCUGCCCUUUGUCCUCGACUGCGUCACCGCCGACGACCUCGAGAGGAUCCAGCGUGUCUACUUGGACGCAAGGGUCGUGCCGAGCCUCGUCUACGCGGUCAAGCUUCUCAUGGCCGAGAAGAACCACCCGACCACCGACACCUCCACCUCCACGGCCAACAGGUCGAGGUUCACCUGCGCCCUCACGCCCGACGAAUUGCAGGCGUUGGAAAGCACGGUGUUGAUCCUCUGUCGACUGGUUCACGCGAAGAAGGAGUUCCUCGGUCAGUUCUGCGACGCGGUGUUCCUCGUCGCCGACGGGCUCGACAUGUUACAGCAGCUGCUCAAGUUGGAAAGGCGGCGGCCUAGGAUAGUGGCCGACCUGGUGGCCAUACUGUCGGAGGUAUUGCGCUCCGAGACCGGCAACACCGACCUCGUCGGUCAGGUACUCUUGAGGGCUCGGUCCACAGACGAUCUGGUGGAUCUAUUCACGAAGCUCAUGACGCACAGACAGAGCAAGAUGCGGACGCGCGUCUGUGUUUUGAUUUUGCUGCUCGGGAAGUUUAGUAGGGACACGUUGCAGCGCAUCUGGGGAAAAUCACUGAGGACCCUGCUCGAGAACCUCGUGGAGGACAGGGACGAAUCUGUUCGAAGCGCUGCCACCAACGCAACGUCGUCGCUGAAGCAGCUACCCUUUUACAAUCAAGAGAAAGACACUUGGAGCGUUAUUGAUACUUGA